GCAACAUUAACAACGAAUAACAAUAACAACAGCUCCCAGCCAACAUUCAACAACAGCAGCCGAUACAACCAACAACAUUCAAAACGGCCAAACCCACCAGCCAAUAACUUCAGCAAAAUCAACAAUUUCAACACAUAACAGUAACCAGCCAACAAUUUCAGUGCAAGCAAUAACCACCGACAACAGCUUCAACAAGCAGACGAAAUUUCAACCUUCAACAGUACAACAACGGCAAAAAACAGCUCAGCAACCUCAUCUCAAUUUUUAAAAUUCAAAUCUCAAUUCGUUUUCCCUUUUUUCACCCCUUCGUUUUUCCCCAAAACAACCUCAAAUACUUCUAAAAAUACCCACCUAUGUAGAGAGAAAAGGGGAAGGAUUUUUGGGGAAAAAUUGAGGGCGUGUGCUUCUAAUCCUACGCAACUGAAAAUUCUCGAAGAAACUCUGGUUUGAAAUAGUCCACUCGUUGUUCCGGUUCGCUGCUCGAAAAAAGGUGAAUACCCGUCUCUUUGCAUUGUCUUUAAUUUUGUGUUCGGAUGUCACAGUAUGAAAUUCUAUUGAUGGUUUGAAUAUUUUUUGUUGUUGGAAAAUUGUUUCGAAUAAUGGAGAUUGUGCAAGUUUUUCACCUUUCUUGUUUGACCUAUGCUAUGCUAUCUCUACUGCUAUGCGUAUAUAGAGCUACAGAACUGUUUUACUCUUUUGAUGAUAUUAUAUUUUGUUGUUGAGAUUUGAUGUUGAAGUGAGGAAUAUGUAUAGUAUACAUGUACGAUUUUGAAUGUUCGAUAUAUAAUUUUUUAUACGUGGUACUUGAUGAAGAAUGAUGAGAACGAGUGUUUAGGUUUACACCUCCAUCCAUGUAUUGACCCUUCUAGAUUGUGUAAAGGUUUCACCUUUAGUAUCUGUUACUCUAUAAAUUGUGAUGGUUUUGUUUGAGGGAGGGUUCAUUAUUGCAGUAGAGUUUUGGGGUUGAAAGUGAACUGCUUUUGUUUGCUUAACUACUUGUUUUCUAUUGUUUGUUCAACUUGCUGCUCUUUAUUGUUAAGAAAUAAUGUAGGGAUGAACGGGCUUUGAUGAAAUUCUUUGGGAUAGAAAUAAACCUUUCGAUCCUAUUGCUAUACCUCGUGUAUAGCUUUAAAGACCUAAUAAUCGUUCAAGUUAUGGUUAGAAAAAAAAAAAAAACUUUAUUGUUUGAUAGAUGUUGACAAUAUAUGGUUAAACAAUUUCUUUUGUUAAUUUGAGUUCUCUCAUAGUUCAAAUUGGUGUCUGAAGUGUAGUCAUGAUUUAAGUCCAAUCCUCCCAGUAUGUUCUUUUUAUUGUUAGAAGUAUGCUUAUACGCUUAAGAUUAUUACCGGGAAUAUUUAGUUAAUUAAUUUCUUCAAGGAGGGGAUUCUAAUAGUAAGGAAUAUCCUUUUGAGUUAUCUUUAAUUAUUAAAGUUAUUGUUAAUUUGUCAACGGAUGCGACUUGUGCUAAUUUGUUAUUUUCUUUCUUGGAUACAUGUGAAAUUGUUCUUUUCUUUCUUCUUGGGGGCUUUACUUAACCAUUUGUUAAUAAGACAUGUAUGCAAAGAAAGCAUGAAAUGCCUUGAUUACACACUAUCUUCUUGCUUUAUAAUAUCGGUUUGGCUCAACAUGUGUUUCCUUUUAGAUUCAACGUGAAAGGCCCUUUGCUAUUUGCUUAAUUAAUUUUUAUUAGGAUGCAUAUCAUUUUGUUGAUAGUCAAUCUCUUAUUUUAUAUAAUAUAUUAAUUUUUAUCUUUUUCUUUGUCGCAUGUGAUAACAAAUCCGAGUCUAAUUGGACUCCAUAUCCUUUGCAUUCGAGCAUUAUCGAGUUUAGGCCUCCUACAAGUCCGAAAUAGACUAAUACACGAAGAAACGGGACUGAUAUAAUCAGAUAUAAGCAGUAUACAACAUUAAAUGAAGGCAUGGAAUGGAGAUAUCAAUUUUAUACACUGAUAUACAGUACGUAUACAAAAAAACGCAGCAGCAAUAGGGAUGAUAUACAUUAUGUGUUACACUGCCGUGUCAAAGAUUGCAAAUGGGUCAUGAAGGAGUAUUCGAUGAAUCAUUCAAAAAUCUUUGUGAUAAAGACAUUUGAUUCGGAACAUAGUUGCAGCCUAAGUGAUAGAGCACUGAAUAAUUUGGUUGCAACAACAGUUUUUGUCUGUGAAUUUACUGCACCAAAGUUAAUUAAUUACAAGAGAAUACACACACCUGCGGACAUAAUUGAAGAGAUGAAGGUCGUCUACGGUGUUAAUAUUAACUACAUGAUGGCUUGGCGGGCAAAAGAAAAGCUAAUUGCGAUGCAUAAAGAUGGACCAGAUGAUGGAUAUCGAAAAAUGUCCCGUUAUAUAUAUAUGUUGAACCAGGUAUAUCCUGGAUCAUAUAUUUGGAUGCAUAAGGCAUUAGAUAACGAGUUUAAAUACUUAUUUAUUGUCUUACAUCCUAUGAUUAGGGGCUUUGAAUUUUGCCGCCCAGUAGUAGUUGUAGAUGGUACACAUUUAAGCGGGCCAUAUCAAGAAACGUUUGUAUCGGAAAGCACUCUUGAUGGUGCAGGUAUUAUAAUUUGAAAUACUAUCUUUGAUAAUUCAUCAUUUUGCAUGCAUUCUAGCUGAUUAUACGUUGCUCCUGUAUGUAUAAUAAAAUUUGGACUUGCUUAAUGAGUACAUAUAUUACU